CCAACAAUGGACGAAGAAUCUUCUCCCCCAACUCUGCCUUUCCAAUCUUCUGUGGCGUCUAGCUCGUCUGGCUCUGUACCCUCGCAAACAACCUAUACAACAGCGGGGACUAUCUACAACCCCAGCUCUUCUCAGCGGCUCCAGCCCCCUGCUCGCCGUGGCCGUUCGCUCAAGGCGACAUCGGAUUUUGAUAACCUGAAAUUCCCCAACUCCCCUCUUCCUAGACACCAGCCAGAUGCGUUACAUAGAGUCUACAUGAGUGGAAAUCUUGCCCAGACCCAGGCUCCCCCGGAUCGACAAAUCUCCUACGAGCCUCUGCAGCAGAACUAUGAUCGCGCUGUCAGCCCCGUGGGCACUCAGGAUCAAGCGUCCAGAAUGUCGUCGUCCAUAAGCGUACAGUCGUCUGCUCCUAUGUUUGACCUAAAGGGCAAAGGCAUCGCGGCCGACGCGAGCAGCAGUGAUGACGAGGACGGCAUCAUAACCAGUGCCCUCAUGAAUAUGACUGUCAAGUCUCUCCAGAACUUGGCCUCGUACCCGAAUCCGAACCAAAAGAGCGCUCAGAAGGCGCUUCUUCGGGGGACAAAGCCAAGAGGUAACAGCACGUUGAGCGUACCAUCCAGACUGGACACGCCUUCUACAUAUCGUAAUACCAGCCCGAUUGGAGGAAGCGUUCCCCUAGGUGAAUAUUUGCCGCCACAUAUGAGAUCGCGGCUCCACGCUUUCUCGGAUCCUGCCGUCUUUCGCUUCCCAAAGUCUCGGAAGAGUGCUCGAGUAACAAUAUCCGAAACCGCGGCAAAUAGUGAUUACAAUAAUACCAUCGCAUCAUCAUCUCGGCUUUCGACUCCAUCUAUCCAUAGCGAUAACUCGGAUCUUCAUCUUUCAACAUCCAUGAGCCUUGCUGCGAGCGCCGGCGCCCCUAAGCCAUUGACUGCGGGCCCGCCUGGCCAACGUCAAUAUCGCCCUUCGACAUUCGAAUCGACAUUCAAGGCGCUCAGCACCAUGCCAACAGAUUCUCAAGGUAUCUUCGCCCAAGCCCGCGAAGAUGAUAACCAUCUUUCCCUUGAUUCUUUGUACAAAUUCACUGAAACUCCAAUGACUACUCAAGAUUACAUUGCACAAGAUGAAGAGUUUAUUCCAUACUUCAGAUCGUCGACGACAGAGGCUUUCGGGGCUAUGCCAACUCCUAUUCAAAAUGAAUUCGACAACGUUACAGAAGACUCAGUUCUCCCCAGAGAGACUCUGCAAUAUUAUCCUGGCUAUUCUGACUUUGAAGAUUCUCCCGAUGCGGAUGAGCUGCAGUACUCUAGAGUGCCAUCCAAGUGGACCUACCAAGCCAAUGGUAAUGGCGAUGGAGAGGAGUUAUACUACUCCAAUGCUCAAAGGGAGGCUUACUUCAACUCGAUUGACCCUUACACUCCACAGGCCAUAUUUGAUAUUUGGUCUAAUUACUACAAUAGAGAACUCCGCGAGCCGACUGCUCCUAUGUUUCCUCAGUGCAUGGGACAUCCAGCCUGCUUGACCGAAGCUGAAAUACGGGAGCGAACUCGACAAACGCAUAUCAAAUGGUACGCGGCAACUGGCUUGCUUGAAGAUGCUUAUCCACUGCCAAAGCUUAUCGUGGAGCCCACCUAUCCACCAAGGCCAAAGAAUAUUUAUGGUGCCGUUGGCGAUGGGCGCCCUUCGAAGGGAAGCUCUGCUUCUGGAGAAAGUGAUGAGGCAUUUGUAGAAAAUAUGCAGUUGCAGUCUAGUAAGGACCAGGUUAAAAGUGAACUCGCACUCUUGGACACAGUUCUAGGCCGAGCUAAUUUGAACCCACGAAGAGGAAACAGGGUCGAGAAAUGGAACUGAUCAAAAUGAGGAGUAGAUAUGGAUAUUUAUAGCUAAUCUGAUAAUGGAGAGCAGGAGAAUUAGUUUAAAGCUUUGUGGGUAAUGGUAGGUGAACGGUUGGAUGAAUAGAAUAGGACUGGAAUAUCGGCUUGUGAAGAUGAGAGAAGAGGCGCCUGCUGGGGACUUGAUUAGCAUAUAUCAGAGAUCCUGGAAUAUGAAUACAUAGGACGGCUAAUUAGUAAUAGG